AAGACUUCAGCUCGGACUCAACGCCAUUUGUACAAUCAUUUAAGCUUUAUAAUCGACAAGGAAAUGAACAUAUCACAGCUGUUUCAGUCGUAUCAGGAUUUGUCUGGGGAGCAGAUGAAUCAAAUCAAUGAGUAUGUGGCACGAUCCUUGCUUUACGUGGUGCACAUCCACAUUAUGAGCGUGACGCCGUCGCUGGUGCUGACCCUCUGCUGCCGCAAUAAUCAUACCUGCAACUUCUACAACGAGAUGAUGAGUGUACUUUUUCGUGACUGGGGCAUAGCUCCACUCCAGAUUGUCACUGUGGAGCAGGGCAUGCUGCGACAAUUUAUUCCGGGCCGCAGGCAUUACAAUCUGAUAUUCACGGACUCCUACGCAGCCUUUGCGGAGAUUGAGGUGGAGGCUCAUUCCAAGGAAUACAAUUACAAUGAGUACUAUUACAUUUUCCUGCAAGCUCGCGACCACUUACUGCUGAGGGAGAUGCGUCGUAUCUUCGAGCAUUGCUGGCGCCAUCAGCUCAUCAAUUGCAACAUCCAGGUGCAGAGAUCCAAUGGAGAUAUCCAGUUGUACACAUAUCUGCCAUUUGGACCCCAGAGCUGUGCUGAUACGACGCCACAGCUGAUCAAUCGUUACAAUGGCAGCCAUAUGCUCGAACCAGAGCUCUUUCCCCGCGGCAUUGAGGGCCGUAUUUUGCAGACGUUUAUUGAAAGACUCAAUUUAAGCAUCCAUGUGCAACAGAUACCGGUUGGGACAGAAUACCAGACCAACAGACUACUCCAAAUGCUGAACAGUAAUCAAGCCGAUAUAUGUGUGGGUGGCAUUCGCCAGACGGUAGAACGCAGUCUGUUGGGUACAUCUACACAUAACUAUCUCCAGACAACCGUCCGUUUUGGCGUCUUGGGUGUCACCUACGAGCUGACCUCCUUAGAUAUUCUACUCUUUCCAUUUCGCACAUCCAUUUGGCUGGCAAUUGGCGUUGUGCUCACUCUUUCGCUUGUGAUGCAAUUAACUAUGGAUCGGCUACUGGUGCUUAGGCAACAAGGUUGUCUCUUGCUCAAUCUGUUGUUGAUUUUUGUGGGCAUGCCUAUGCUACAGAUGCCGCGCUCUAUUGCGAAGCGCGUUUACUCCAUAGCGUUAAUUCUCUACACGUUGCUCAUACGCACCAUGUACCAGGGCAUGCUUUACCAUUUGAUACGCACACGCAUGCUGAGCCGGCUACCCCAGUCCAUCGAAGAGCUGGUGGCUCACAACUAUGAAGUGGUGCUUUCAACUGGAAUUAAUGAGGUACUUUCUGAAAUACCUCUUGUGCAACAGAUGCGAUUCCGAGUGGUCGAUGGGGACGGAUCUGAAAUGAAUCCUUUGCAUUACCUAGCGCAAAAUCAACGGGACAAGAGGCAGGUGGCAGCCACUGUGCUAGAUUUAUUUCUCCUGUAUAAUCAGUUGAGUGUCUACAAUAAUAAAGAGCCAAUUCAGGAGCGGACGGUAAAUCAAUUCGAGAUCAUAGCGCAGGAUGUGAUCGACCUGCAGAUGACCAUGUACCUAAGAAAACAUUCCUUUCUGAUCGAUGCUUUCAACGAGGAAAUCAUGUGGAUGCGUUCUGGAGGCCUGCUGGCAAUCUGGGAGCGCUGGGAGCUGGACGAUCGCUAUUUACGAGACACGCAGGAGAACAACUUCAGAACAUUCGGUCUCCAUGAACUAUACAUUGUAUUUGUGCUAAUGCUGAUUGGACUAAUGUUUGGCGCGUUUAUAUUUUGCCUGGAGCUGAUCUCAUUACGAUUUCCACGAUUUCAGCGCUGGGUUCUAUUACAAUAA